UCAGCAAUACUUUUUUACUACUACUAUCACGUAGGCUUAAGGUUAAUGUUUCCAAAAAAAGUUAAUGAGCAUUGUUUCCAGAACUUACUAAACAUUGGCCCAUUGUUUGCUUUCCUUGGGGGUACGUGGAAUUGUAUUCUGGUUUAAUAAUAAAAAUCUGGUUGAAGCCAAUCGGGAGAAGAACAGUUUGUCUGUCAAACACAUUGUCCCGAGCACACCGCUGAAGGACUUAACCCCGCGGGACGUCUGACGUUUCCGGCGAGCUCGCGCACUUUAGCACAGAAUUCAACUCCACAGGUUUGGAGACUCAGAGGAAAGCAAGUCCUUGAGGUCUGAACCAUUUUGAAGCGGAUUAGUCAUACUCAACAACAACUUUUUGUUAAAUGUUUCACUUAUUUGUUUUAAUUGUUACAUAUAGCUAAAUUAUUACCUCCUGUGAAUUAGUAUUUCAAUGUGAUGAAGUUCUAGGAUUGUUAUGAACUACGACCCAUCAUCCAGGUGUUCAAGCAUCUUCGCUUUCAUUAAUAAAACAAAGAAAGAACAAUUAAAAACAAAAAUAAAAAAGAAAUAAAAAAGCAGCAAAAGAGGCCUUUGACCAAAGGCACAAUCUCAGUCUACAGGUCUUCCGACCCCUCUGAUCUGUUCGUGGUUCUAUCAAAGCCUUUCGAUUUCACCGAUGGGUUUCGCCGACCUCUUGGAGCAGGUGGGCAGCACGGGGCGCUUCCAGGUUGUGCACACCCUCCUGCUGUGCCUCCCCGUGCUCAUGAUGGCGAGUCACAACCUGCUACAAAACUUCGUGGCCGGGGUGCCCCCCCACUUCUGCAGUGCGCACACGAACUUCUCCGCUUCCACGCGAAUGAGCGCGGCAGAGAAGCUGCACAUAACAGUGCCAAUUGAUGCAAACGGAUCUCCGGAGAAAUGCCGGCGUUACGAGUCGCCACAGUGGCAUCUGCUGGCCAACAACGGAAGCACAGAUCCCGAGGUUUGGGAACAGGCGGCCCUUCGGGGCUGCGACGACGGGUGGACUUACGAUGAGAGGGAGAGAAGCUCCAGCAUUAUUUCAGAGUGGCAUCUGGUGUGCAGCCUGCGCUCCCUUAAGUCAAUGGGACAGACUGUGUACAUGGGGGGCGUGCUCGUGGGAGCGGGGGUCUUCGGAGCACUGGCCGAUCACUUUGGGCGGCGGGUCCUACUGACCAUGUGCUACCUGCUGAUGGCCGUGAGCGGGACGUGUGCCGCCUUCUCCCCCUCCUUCUCCCUCUUCUGCCUCUUCCGCUUCAUGUGUGGCAUGGCUCUGUCGGGAGUCGGGCUCAACAGCUUCUCACUCAUCGUGGAAUGGAUUCCGACUCGCGUGCGGACGGUGGUUGGCACGGGGACAGGCUACUUCUACACCAUGGGCCAGCUGAUCCUGGCGUUGGUGGCCUACUUCAUCAGGGACUGGCGCUGGCUGACCUUUGCUGUGUCCUUGCCGUUCUAUGUGGCCUUCCUGUACUCCUGGUGGCUCCUUGAAUCUUCACGAUGGCUGGCGCUGAAACAUAAGCCGGAGCAGGCCGUCAAAAACCUAAGAGCAGUGGCGCGCUACAAUGGUCGCCGAGCCGAUGGAAAGAAGAUUGACGUGGAGGUGGUGCAGUCGUCCAUGAAGAAGGAGAUGUCCGGGUGCAAGAGCUCCUACACCAGCCUGGACCUGUUCCGCACCCCCACCAUGAGGAAGAUGACCGUGUGCCUAAGCGCCGUCUGGUUCUCCACUAGCUUUGGCUACUACGGCCUCUCCAUGGACCUCCAGAAGUUUGGCGUGGACAUCUACCUGAUUCAGGUGAUAUUCGGUGCUGUGGACUUCCCCGCCAAGGUGAUCAUCAACAUCACCAUGAGCUACUGCGGUCGCCGGCUCUCACAGUGUGGGGGCAUUGUCCUGGCUGGCAUCACCAUUCUGUCCAACCUGUUUGUGCCUUACGAUAAACAGAUGCUGCGAACAUGUCUAGCCGUGAUUGGAAAGGGCUGUCUGGCCGCGUCCUUCAACUGCUGCUUCCUGUGGUCAGGGGAGCUGUACCCCACUAUCCUACGACAGUCAGGUCUGGGCUGGGUCAGCAUGAUGGCACGGCUGGGAGCCAUGGCGGCUCCGUUGGUGCUCCUGCUGGGGGAGUAUGUCACCUGGCUCCCAGGCUUCGUCUUCGGCCUAGUUCCUCUCGUGAGUGGCAUUGCAGCCUUGUUACUGCCCGAGACCCUGAACACCCCACUGCCAGACACCAUACAGGAUGUAGAGGAUAGGGGGACUGGAAGAGUCUCCAAGACUGAGAAAAAAGAAGCAAUAUUCUUACAAGACAACGCAGACCAUCUGCUGAAGCAAACAUCUUGAUCGUCAUGGUAUACGUUGCCCUCUGCUUUGUAGCCGUAGUCACUGGCGCGUAGUCACUGGGGGGGGGGCAAAGAUAAGGCUGGAGGGGCAAAAAUACCUUCAAUAUUGAAAUGAAGUGAACCGGCAUGUUUUCUUUUUCUGUCCCUUUAAAUAAAGCAAACGCGUGGAACGUUGUGCUGCGCGAUAGAACGCUGUUCUGCGCGAUAGAACGCUGUGCUGCACUGCGAUAGAACGCUGUGCUGCACUGCGAUAGCACCCCAUCACCUCCCUCCCCAUCGCUCCCCCAAACCAAUAAUUUUAAGCAACGCUGACAACAAUCUAGACAUACCAAUGGUUGACAGGUCGACCCCACAAAUUAUUUUAUUUUUUGGCUUAUGCCACUUACGUGUGCCUAGACUAUCACUGCGUCAAGCUCUAUGAAAACGACGCUCAGUAAGUCUGAAAGCAGCGACGCAUGAGCAGCCUAGUAGGCUAAUGUUUAAUGCCCCAUAAAUGUUUUUCAUUUCUAAAUUAGUGACUGAAAUGUAAUCAAGCUAGGCCUACUCCAAUUUAUUCCGGCAUUUUUAUGGAGAAUAAGUGCACGCGCCGCUACUCGUAACACACUUAUAAUGCAUUUGUCAAUUGAUGCAACGGUUAAAUCAUACAUCAUCACAACCAAAAUUUGGAAUAAAUCAAAUAAAUUACAGUUAAAUGAUACGUUAAUAAUUUAUGAACUACUGUUCUGAACCUCACAUUUCCAAAAGCAGGAUUUUGGACAAGUGAUAUAGCCUACUCUUCGACUAACACAUUUGAACUAUAUUUAUGUUGACCUGAAGUUGGCGCCACUGGCCAUAGCUAAUGCUAGCAAGCAAACAUCAGCAUAACCGCCUUGAACAGAUUGUGACUUGACGUUGGCAAUGCUAUCUUUGUGUAUUUUGGGGUUAAUUUUAAGAAAACAUAGUGAUUCUAACCUUAAUUAGGCUACAUCAAGGUUAUAGGACAGCCCUUUCAGAAUAUGUACGAGGAAAGUUAAUUGAUGUCAUUAAACGUGAACAAAUUUAACCAACCAAACAAUUUCUUCAACUACAGGUUUAAGCUACGUUAAAUUAAUGGGUACCAAGCGUACCAAAUAUGAUGUAUUGGUGGAGCAAGCCAUAGUAAUGAUCUUUGAUGGGCUUUAAGGCUCUGUCAGAAUAUCAAAUGUGCCUUACCUUCAAAGGAGACAUUUACCAGUACCAGUGUACCAGUACCAGUGCAAGCCUAUGGUCAUAAGCCCGAUUCACACGCUUUUCUAUUCUGCCAUCUGCUGUAGUAUAUAUAGUAGCCUACUGCAUCACACAAGACCUUGUUUGCUUGCUUUAAAAGGUGCAAAGAAGCUGCGGCUUUUUUUAAACUCUUUUUUUUAACGGUUUCAUUUAAAAUAUUUAAUAAUUACAUGUAUCUCGUAGAAGAAAGAAGAUUGAAACAAACCCAAGAAUAAUACCAUCGUAAAUAAUUGUAAUAGUAUUAUUGUGUAGCUCUUUCACAUAUCAACUAUCAUAUUUCUUAAAUGCACACAACUGUUUUGUUAUUUACACAUAACAUGAUAUAUAAAUAAAUAUAAAUAAAGAUUUUUUUCCAUAUGAACGCCAA